AUGUUCAACCUGAGUAGCCUAUUGAAGGCGACGAGUGUCGCCAAGCCUGCAAGCGCUGCCGCACAGGACAAUGAAAAUGCGGACAACGCGGAAGGGGCAAACGGAGAGGCCGUCAAAAUAAAGAUAAUAAACAUGCAAGAAUAUAAAACGAAGAAGUUCCUGGAAGAAAAGAAAAAUGUGAAUGCAUGGAGUGCUGCCAACGCCAGCGGGAAGAAGCCUGCCAAGGAGCCGAAGAAGAAGCCUGAAAAGAAAAAGGCAGAGAAGAAGAAGGAAGAGCCGAAUAAGGACGAAGAUAAGAAGGAUGAAGACAAAAAGGAAGAAGCUAAGAAGGAUGAACCCAAGAAGGAAGAGCCUAAGAAGGACCCCAAAGUUGAACCCCCCAAAAAAAAAUUCGUGCCCUCGGUGCUCAAACAGAAGGAAGCAGCCAUGGCCAAAGUAGUAAAAGAAGUGAAAAACGAAAAAGUGGAACUAUUCCCGGACCUUCUUCAAGCAAAAAAAUCAACCAAAACGGAGAAAGAGAAAAAGAAAAACCAACCACAAAAAAAAAAUAAGAAAGAAAAAGCAGAAAAGAAAAAGCAAGAAGAGGAAGAAAAUAAUUUCCCUCCAAUCGAGGAAAUAGAAAAAAUCCACUUCAACAUUUUUGACAUUGUGGACAUGAAGAAAGAGUAUGAACGGAUUAUGAGGAAUUCGGACAAGGUGAUGGAGAAGUAUAAAAAUAAGAAAAAAUUUGACGACACGAUGAUUCUUUGUAAUUAG